AUGGCUGCGGAACCGAUUGAUAAGAUCGUGUUGAACGGUAGCACAGUGACAAUCCUUCUACCCAUUAAAAACGAGGAGCUUGCGAGGUGCCCGAUUUGUAUGGACGCGCGUUACCGCGGGGCGACGAAAAUUGAAAACUUUAACCGGCACGUUAAGCAACACCACGACGGAACGACAGUAGUAUACGCGUGCUGGAGCUGCGGAUUCACGGCGCCGGUUGGUAAAAGAUACCCGCGUAAAAUCGUGUCGCAGCAUUGUGUGGAGUGUGUGCCCCAGAUCCAGCAAGUGCGGACGGGGCGGGUGGAUGUGGCGAGGCGGAAUAAUAUCCGGCAGGAGCUGUUCCCUGCGCCCGCCCCCGCCCCGAUGGCCGACGGCGGGGCCGCAGGGCAACGGCGACAGAGGCAAUUACGCAGACAUAAUGCCGGCCACGAUCCCGUCCCGGAGCGCGAUCGGGUUGCGUCGCGGCGACACGCCGUAAGUAUAAUUGAAUCCUCAUCUUCUGUGACUGAACCCUUGGAUCGCCAUUUGGGGGAACACGAGGCGACGGCUAGCUUGACGUUGCCGCGGACGGGACCGGGUACUGGUGCCGCGGCCCCGCCUGCUCGGGAGGAUGGCUCCUCGGGGUCAACGCCGUUCUCUGCGCCGACGGCCGAGGAUACGGCGAUGCAACAAGAUAAUAACAGUGCAGCUGCGCGAGUCGUUGACAGGCUGGCUAGUCCGCGGCGGGCGGAGAGUGAUGAUGCCGCGAGAGCACCGAGCACGCCGGCGAGACCGCGGCGGGUGGGACAUGGCGAUGCCGCGCAUAUCGCCGCUGAGGAUAUGGAAAGAGGAGCAACCGAACGCUCGUGCACGGCCGGGCAACGAGCCCUAGCUGCGGAGAUAAAUAACAUCCACGACUUAGAGCAGCUGGAGGUGGUCAUGCCGGGGGUGGUUGCUUUUCUGGGAAGGUUUGCCAGGGUCGGCGGCGUCGGGGGGAGCCCUGGUCGGCGCACGACAGCUGCACGUACGAGAGCAGGCCCACGUGAUGAGGGUGAACGCAUACAGGCGGCAAAGCACAUACAGCGUCUCUACCGCAACAAGCGGAAAACAGCCGUGCAGAGAAUCCUAGCAGGGGACAACAACAUCUGCAAUAUCGAUCUGCGCACGGUGGAAAACCACUUCCAUCGGCUGGCGGCGCCCAGGGACGGUGAGGAUAGUUGGCCCCCGGUACUCGUGCAGGCGGACCCGAUGCCAGAGAGCGACGACCGACUGUGUGCGCCGUUUACGGAGGGAGAAAUCACGGAUUGCCUCAAGCGCCGGACGGACACCUCGCCCGGGCCGGAUGGGAUAAAAUACUCCGAUCUUCGGAGGGCGGACCCUGAGAGCCGAGUUCUGACAGCACUAUUCAACGCAGUGUGGCGAAUAGAAGCUGCUCCGUCGACAUGGGGCGCAGCAAACACCAUCUUGCUUCACAAGAAAGGCGACGUCGACCAGAUUAAUAACUGGAGGCCGAUCUCCCUGGGUAACACGGUACCGAAGCUCUUCGCUGCGAUUCUGUCGACCAGGCUGAAGAGUUGGGGCACAGCCAACGGCAGAUUUAGCAGCUCACAGAAGGGGUUCCUAAGCUUCGAGGGCUGCUUCGAGCACAACUUCGUGCUACAAGAGGCGAUCCGAGAUGUUAGGCGCCGAGGCGGAGAGCUGGUGGUGGCGUGGCUGGAUCUCACCAGCGCCUUUGACUCCAUCCCUCAUUCCUCCAUCCGCCGGGCUCUGGAGGGCCACGGACUUCCACUUAGAGUGAGACACGUCAUCGCCUCACUAUACUCUAACAUGACAACCAGUGUUAGAGUGGCAAGUGGCAGCACAGCGCCCAUACACAUCGAGUCGGGGGUGAGACAGGGCUGCCCCCUUAGUCCGGACAUAUUCAAUCUAACCAUUGAGGUAUUAUUGAGGGGACUGGCGGGCCUGAACGAGGGCUAUGUGCUCGAGGGUAGGCGCUACAACAGCCUGUUUUAUGCCGACGAUGGAGCGCUGCUGGCGGACUCGCCGGAGGGCAUGAGGCGACUAUUGGAGGCUGCGGAGUCGGGCGCGCGAGCGGUGGGAAUUGAGUUCAACCCCAGCAAGUGUGCCACCAUACACAUCGUGGGGGGUCGAGGGGGUGGCGCCCGCCCAACCGUGUUCAAUAUACAGGGUACACCGAUGCGUGCGCUUGCCGACGAAGAGGCCUACGAGCAUCUUGGCAUACCAACGGGCUAUCAGGUUAGGCAGACACCAGUCGGCACAGUGCGAGAUCUACUCGAGGACGCCAAGAAGAUCGGUGACUCACUGCUUGCGCCCUGGCAGAAGCUUGACGCGGUCGGCACAUUUUUGCUGCCUCGUCUCGACUUCAUAAUGCAGGGAGCCACUAUGGAGAAGGAAUACCUCACAGCGGUGGAUAGAGCGGUCAGGAGGCUGGCUAAGGAAUGGCUGUACCUACCGCAGCGCGCAAGUGCGGAGCUGGUUUACUUGCCGCCCUCACGGGGAGGUGGUGGACUGCUUCCGCUUGCCGACCUUCACGACGUCCUCACUGUGGCACAUAGCUACCGGCUGCUCAACGCCAGGGAUCAUGCAGUGAGAUCGUUAACGGAGGCAUUGCUGAAGCGGACAACGUCGGAUAGGCUCGGGCGGAGUGCGGGUGGUGACGACAUCGCCCGUUACCUCUCUGGGGACACGGGCUUGCCCCCGUCGGGUGCCGGAACGUCCUUCUGGGCCAGAGUGAGAGUGGCCUCCACCAAUCUCAAAAAGAAAAUAGGACUACGCUGGCAAUGGCACCCUGACAAAGAAACAUUGGGGCUGAAAUGUGGCGGGGACGGAGAGGCUCUGCUCCCGGAGGAUAGUCGGCGGGUCGCCAAUGUGUUGCGACGUGGCGUGUCAGCUCACUAUGCGGGAAAACUCCUUGCCAAACGCGAUCAGGGCAAGGUGUUUGAGGUUACCAAAAGGAGCGUAGCAUCGAACCACUUUCUCCGGACUGGCAGAAAUAUCCGCUUCUGCGACUGGCGGUUUAUUCAUAGAGCCAGGCUUAAUGUCCUCCCGCUGAACGCCGCAGUCCGCGGAAUACCAGGCUUAGACAAAAGCUGUCGCAGAUGCGGUGAUGAUCUGGAGUCCCUUCCGCAUGUGCUCAACCACUGCGGGCCGCAUGCGGCGGCACGACAGAUGAGGCACAACGGCGUCCAGAACAGGCUGGUGAGGGCUGCCCGCUGCGUGGGUAACAUCACCAUCAACAGAUCCGUCACCGGAGCACAUGGAGCGGCGGCAGUAAUGAGGCCCGAUAUUGUCGUGCGAGACGAGACCACGAGGCGCAUUAACAUCGUGGACGUGUGCGUCCCAUUUGAAAAUAGGACAGAGGCCUUCCGAGCAGCGCGCCGGGAAAAGCUGGCUAAAUACGCACCGUUGGCCGAGCAGCUUGUGGAGCAGGGCUACACGACCCGUAUCGAGACAUUUAUGGUGGGAGCUCUCGGGGGUUGGGACGCGCACAACGAGACGGUCAUAAAACUGCUGGGCAUUAGUAAAAGAUAUGCUGGCAUGAUGCGCCGCCUCAUGAUCAGCGAGGUGGUGCGCUGGUCGCGCGACAUAUACGUGGAGCAUGUGUCCGGGGUGCGGCAGUAUCGCGUGGACCAAUGA